GUCACAACUGCUUUGCUAAGUAAUAUGCUGUUAUGGUAAAAGUUGGUCAGCUGCGAGCGAAUGAUUCGUCGAUGCGUGCGGCGCAUCCGCUGCACUUCCGAUAACGCGUGAGUCAACCGCGCGCGCAGCGCGGGUUGAUCUCGGGCUCGGGUCAUUCAUAGGUACUGUCUCAUCACCCUGUCAGCGGUUUUCGCACUUCGCAAUGUACCUAUAGGUGUCGUGGUCACAGUCCCCUGUCAGUCGAACUAGCGCCGCGUGUGAGACAGGUCGCGUCCGGCCACCCGACGCCGCGACAGUAAACACGAUUAUCGCCCGGCUACGGACACCAAUAGUGUGAUAAAAAUGAAAACAAUACCCCGACGGAUCCGCUUAGUGCUCGGUACCCUCGAAGUGUUAUUACAGUGAUUUAAAUAACGCAUAUGGCUUAUCAUUUGGAGACUUGUGUAUCAACAGUGAUAACAGUGGCGGUGACAGUUAUUUCGGCGCAUUACAUCACCUGUUAAUUGGUCGAAGCUAUCAUUAUUGUAGCUAUCAAUCAGGGAUCGAGGGUAGUCGAGUCAGUAGCGCCUAAAAGGUGGAAGUGGCAGCACUUCUUUGUCGGAGGUGCUAGGAAAAUGCCAGUGUUCGGUUGCGAGAUGUUGACAUCGUCCGAGCUCUGCCCCAUGGGGUACGGUACGGCGCCCGAGUACAUGCUGCCGGGGCCCGCCAUCACCUGGGACAAGCCUCAGGAGAGGCAGAACUUCAGUUUUACGCAUAGGAGUCUCUCGGAAGAGCUGACUCGCCCGCCAUUGGCAACCACGGUGUACAAUAAUAAUUGCGGAGACAGCGAGAUGCAGCUAGAGACGAGCAGCAGCGAGGCGAGCGCCGGCAGCUCGGCGGCCGUGUCGCAGCACUGCGCCAUCUGCGGCGACCGCGCCACCGGCAAGCACUACGGCGCCAGCUCCUGCGACGGCUGCAAGGGCUUCUUCCGGCGCAGCGUGCGCAAGAACCACCUCUACACCUGCAGGUUCAGCAGAAAUUGCGUAGUGGAUAAGGACAAAAGAAAUCAAUGCAGAUAUUGUAGGUUAAGAAAAUGCUUUAAAGCCGGCAUGAAGAAAGAAGCUGUCCAAAACGAGCGAGACCGGAUCAACUGCCGGCGGCCGUCGUACGAGGAGCCCACGCAAGCCAACGGGCUCUCCGUCGUAUCCCUGCUCAACGCCGAGCUGCUCAGUAGGAAGGUCAUAGACGAGACCAUCAACGUGUCGGACGCGGAGAUCAACAACCGCAAGCUAGCGAAGAUCAACGACGUGUGCGACUCCAUCAAACAGCAGCUGCUGAUCCUCGUGGAGUGGGCCAAGUACAUCCCUGCCUUCACUGAGCUCCACCUCGACGAUCAGGUGGCGCUGCUGCGCGCGCACGCGGGCGAGCACCUGCUGCUGGGCUGCGCGCGCCGCUCGCUGCACCUCAAGGACGUGCUGCUGCUCGGCAACAACUGCAUCAUCGCCAAACACAACAUCGACGGGCGUAUGGACAUAGACAUCAGCAUGAUCGGGAUGCGAGUGAUGGAUGAGAUCGUAAAACCGCUGCGGGAGAUCGACAUCGACGACACAGAGUUCGCCUGCCUCAAGGCCAUCGUCUUCUUCGACCCUAACGCUAAAGGCCUAUCACAACCGCAGAAGAUCAAGCAGCUCCGUUACCAAGUGCAGAUAAACCUGGAGGACUACAUCAGCGACCGGCAGUACGACGGCCGCGGCCGCUUCGGCGAGCUGCUGCUGAGCCUGCCGCCGCUGCAGAGCAUCACGUGGCAGAUGAUCGAGCAGAUACAGUUCGCGAAGCUGUUUGGAGUCGCACACAUCGACAGCUUGCUGCAGGAGAUGUUGCUCGGAGGCGCAUGCGCCGAGCCGGCCGCGGAGGCGGCGCCGGGCGCGUCCCCGCCCCCGGCGCAGGCGCAGGCGGGCUCGCCGCCGCUGGUGCCGCAGCUGCCCGACGCCGCCAUGUUCCCGCCGCCCUUCAAGCAGGAGCCCAACAUGAGCCCUGAGCACUCGUCCCGCAUCAUGAAGAAUGGCGACAUAAUCAUGUUAUAAGACAACACCCUCGCGAAAACAAUAUGUGCCUUCCGGUGUAAGCAGCUAACUAUAGUUAGGACUCCUGUUUCUGGUAGUCAGACUUGUAUGUGUCUGAGAUGAAAGAUUUAUGAACUAUUUAUGUAUUAAAUCACACUUACAACCGGGUCUAUCGCGAACAUAUGUGUAGUGGAUGGUUUGAAAAUGUGAUGUCUACCCCAAACUUUUUCAUACACUUUUCGUCGGGUCGGGUAGUUACACAAUCGACACUUUUGACAUUUUGCUGGGACAUCAGUUAGCCACGACCACGACCAGUGAUACCUGUAUCGAAACGUCAGUCAAAAAAGGUAACAAAAUAUAUUCACGAUAGAUACGGUUGUAAAUGUGAUUUAAUAUGUAUGUAUAUUAUUAUCGUAUUUUAAUUGCGAUGUAUAUCGCAAAGAUAUUUUCGACUGUUUUAAAUGUUAUAAUGAACGUUUGUUGGGGUGAUCCAAACCCGUUAGUCUGUUAGUUUUUAAUUAUGUGGUGCCUGUAUUUUAUAGAUUUAUACACUUAGGUGUAGGUAUAUAAUAUGACCAUUUCGCCCAAUAUAAGAGUUUUUAUUUAUACAUAGUUUAGUCGUAAGUACGGAUACUCCAAAAGUGCAAUUAUCUUCUAUAACUCGGCUGUGUGACUCGGAGAAGACAGUGUCGUGAAAAGAACAAACAUAUCGAUCAAUCGAACGAAAGCGACUGAGGUAUUACAAUUAUGAACGUUCAAGGAAAAUAAUUAUGUUAAUAUAGAUUGUGUUUCUUUAUUUUUCACUAUCUGCUGAUUUCUUGAAUGUUAGUUACCAUUAGUAAGCUUAGGUGAUGGUUCCAUUGAUUAUUCGUUAUAUACGGGCAGAAGAAAACUAUGUACGUUUCAAUUCAUUUUGAGUCAAACGAGUUGUUUUGUAGGCAUUUUUUAUAAAAUAUUAAAUGUGAAACGUGUGAUUUAAUGUAGACUGUAUCUACACAAUAAGUUUUAGCAUUUUAAUGCGCUUCCUUUAUUAUAAUUUUGUAGUCGAUUUAUACCAUUGCUAUGAAGUGCUCAAUAAUAGUUUCCUUUAAGUGGUUGGAGAAGUUUUGCCAUAUGCGGUGAAAGUUAUGUACGUAUUAGAGAUUUAGUACGAAAUGUUGGGUUUGAGUCGUAGUUGUUAUAUUAAAUAGGUGCCUUAUUAUCCUAUUGAGGUGUAUUGUUGAAAAUGUACAUACUAUGUUAUGAAUUUUUAGUAGAAUAUAUUUUAAUACAUAAUAAUCUGUUACAAUAA